AGACAUUCGACAAGUAAGAUGGCGGCGAUUAAUGUGAAAGGCGAAACGUUGUCGUAUUUCUACUUGUAAAUAAAGUAAUCGGUACCUUUUAACAUUGAUAACCUUACAGAAACGUAGCAAUAAUAUUAACAAAGUGUUAAGAACAAAGUGGACUGUUGUUUGUAUCACAAGACUUGAGUGGAGUUUCGUUUCACAAUAGACAAAACCCGUCGCAGCGACCACUCGAAGAGUCCUAGCGAGGCCAUAUUUAUGAUGUUAUCUGUCGUGUGAGCGUCCCCUGAAACCACAUUGAUAAAUAAUUGUUGAAACUAAAGGCGAUGGGGUGUUUUCUGUCAGUGAAGAUCGAAUAACAAAGUCAAGAUGACUAUUAGUGCUCGGAUUUAGUGGUAAUACAAUAGAUUUCAUGUGUACAAACUAUGGAUGAAAGUGUGGACUAUUGACAUAAUACAUACAUUGACACUAAACAUCACAUCACGGAGGUGGUAAUGGAUCCAGUAGGACCAUGGUCAGCAUAUGCUUCUUACAAUCGGCUAGCAGGGGUCCAGGCUGGUGCUGCGAGUGGGGAUUUCCAUCACCACCUUGCAAGUGGUGGCUCAGGAUUAGGCAGCCAGUCAGUGCCGUCUACUACAAGCCAACUGCUGCUACAAGCUGCACAUACUACAGCAUCGUUAGCAGGACAGCUUGGCUCAUCAACUGCAUCACCCUUCAAUCCAGGGGGAUUCCUUUCUCCACCUGCCGUGGGCUAUGAUGCUGUGUUCUCACCAUUGUUUCAUCAUGCCAACCCAAAACCUGCGCAUUACAGUUCGUCUCUUCAGGCACAACAUCGACAAGUAAUAGCACAAGCUGCGGCUGCAUCUAAGCAAUCUUCAGUAGAAACAGAGCUAUCUUCUCUAAGGGAAAAUUACUCCCAUCAAACACUAGCUGCACAAGGAACUUCCUUUUUUGACCAGCCAUCAACCCCUGGCAGUACAGCUGGAUUAAGUUGGCAAGGAAACAAUCAACUUCCAAGUCCUUUUGGAAUAUUACCUCACGAAAGUGUUGUGCCGUCUUCACCGAGCCCAGCAACAACAAAAGCUUCAUCAUACGAAAACUUUAACUUUGCUGCAGCUCAGACUUUAAAUAAUCAUCUUAACUCCCAGAUUUCUAGUGCAGCUAAACAGAGCAAUAGGUCUGGCUCACCAGCGACUGCAUCGAAACAGCCAGCAUCGUCAACAUCAUCAUCAACAUUUUUUCAAUCUCCGUCAUCAUUUGGAAAUCAGACUGAUAAUUCAUAUAGUACAAGCAGUGCAAAGAGUGGUCAACUUUCAUCGCAGCAGGAUUAUGCUGGAAGUAAGUCAUAUUCAAGUUCUGCAAGUACAACUGCUCAUUCCCAACAAUCGUGUAUUGUGUCAACUCCACCUGUGACAUCAUCCUCUACUCCUCCCAGCAAAGAUUACCGACCUUCCUCCAGUAUAACUUCCAGACCUUCUUCAUCAAUAUACAAUUCCCAGUCUCCCAAAAGCACAAGUAGUGAUAAAACAACACGCCCCCCUACUAGCAGUACUAGUACCAGUAGUUUUGUUUCUCCUACAUCUAAACCUCCCCAAGUGCAAACUAAAGCACAAAGCAAAAUUUAUCCAGAAUUAAGUAAUGAUCAAAGAAAGAGUUGUGAAUCAAAUGAUAAACUGCAACCUCAAUCUUCUCCCAUAAGUUAUUCUAUAAUGGAUGCUCCUGGAAGAUUAAGUUAUAGUAGUGGUAGCUCCUCUAAAUCAAACAGAAUUGGCAGCUCACAAUACACUACUCAAGGGUCUAGCUUUAGACAUUAUCAGAGUGGCAAUAAUGUUGAGACAGAUUAUCAUGUAAGAGCAAAAAGUAGUUCUAGUACAGAUACUGGCUAUUCAAGUAGCAGUUCUCAAAAUGGUCCCGAUUGUGGUGUAGUAGUUGCUAGAAGGAAUAGUCCUUCACAAGCUCCUGCCCAGACAUCACCAUUGGGCCAUGGGUCUAGUCCUGCCUAUCCUAUGUAUCAUAGUCCAAUGAAUUCUAUAAAUUCUCCCCAGCAACAUGGGGAUCACUAUAACAAAGCUAACAGCACAGCUCCGCGAUCGCCACUUGACGCGUCUGUUACUCGGCCGCCGUCACAGAACAGUCAAGUGGCAUACCCCUCUGUUAUAACCAGAGCUCUUGGUAUUGAACAGAGUAAAAAUUAUUCUGAAAAUAGGUAUGAGCGCAACCAAACUCAAUCUUCCAAUUCAAGCUGCUGGGAAAAUGACCGUCAGUCAUCCAGAAAAUAUACUAGUAAUAGCAGUACUAACAGUUACAAUAAUGGCACGAGUCUGCCUGAAAAUACUCAUGCUGAAGAACCUGCCCCUCAGAGUCAAUCAUCAACCCAUAGACUGAACUUAACUGAUAAACCCCAUACUUAUUUUGAUGCUAACAAUGUUGCUUUACAAGAUCUAUCUAGCUGUCGAGGUGAUCCCAUGACAAUAGUGAAAAAUUUACAAAGUUUACAACAAAGUUGUCAAUUACAAGAAGCAAAAACUACUAAGAGUCAAAAUCCAACCACCCCUUCAUCAAGUAAAUCGAUUCCGCGUCGAAAGAGCACGGAAAAACCGGUUUCUCAUUCAAACAUGAAUGAGAUAUCAAAUGCUGUAAUGGCAGAUUACUUGGCAAAUAGGAUACCUCCUCCAGCACAUAGCUCAACCAGUAAUCAACAGCAAAAUGGUAGCUAUUUUGAUUUUGAAAGAUGGAACCUUCCACCUCCUCCACCCAAAAUGUUUCCUGGCACAUCUGCUUUUGGGUCCCAAGCUUCCUUACACGCCACGAACUUCGCCAACCAACACCAAUUAGCUAUGCCUCAUGGACAUGCACUAACAUAUUUCCCGCCCUUUCAUCUAGGACCCCAUCCUGAUUUCCAGUCUUCCGUGGAGUUAACACCACUUUCGUCAUUUAGUGAGACACCACCUUCGGCUUCCUCGUCAUCUUUUUCUACGCCUGAAACACGUGAAGAGGAACAGCCUAAGGUGGUAGUACCUAAUAUAGAGGAAGAACUUGGUUUCCUUGCAGAACAACGGGCAAAUACGGCAUCUUCGGUAGCACCCACUUCACAGCAGCCGAACAUAAACAGCACUUCACAAGACACUACUUCAAAAAUAAUGGAAAAAAAAUUCAAUGUCCCAGUCACGGGCCCCGGUUCAGGGUUCAUGGCUUCUUAUUUGAAAUUCCUUCAAGGAGAGCGGGAUACAUCUCCACCGCCGGCCGGCAGAGGCGCCAGAAAGUCGACUUGGUCGAGAACAAACACCAAUAGCAAUACAAAUAAUAAACCGUACUCGCAAAACGAUCACAAUAAGUGUGAUUCGCAGCAAAGUUCCAAUGGCGCCAUGGGCUCGCCUAAUGUUUUAAACUCGGGUAUGCCGUUGAGCAAUCCUAUGAGUUCAAAUAUGAGUUCAGCAGGCUUGUUGGGUGCUAACCAAUUACAUGGUGCGGCUAAUCUACUCGGUUCACAAUCGAAAGGUGUAGAGUUGGACGAUCCGCGUUAUUAUAAUUUGAAUAAGGAUAGAAAACGUAAAUACGACGGUAGCGACGAGUCUGCCUAUGACGCAGAGGAGGAAGCGAGAAGGCUGAACAAGCCUGUCCUUAACGUGCCUAGUACGCCUUUGAACGACAAAGGCAAGAAGGGCCGGACGACAAUGAACAAGCCGACGCCGUCGGCCGUCGUAGCGCCUCAGCCGGCCGCGCCUAAGAAGCCACGACCGCCUGCGCCGCCGCCCGUGGCCUCGCUGCAGGCAGCGCCACAGCAACAAUACUAUUACCAACAUCAGCCUGACGAAGUUUCUGCACACGCGGCGAGCUUGGGCUAUGGCAUCUACGGAACGGACAACGAAAACGCCAGCAGAAAGUUGCAACACAUAAAAUCUCAUCAGCAAAUCUCCAAUGCGGGUCAAAUUGACAACAAUAGACCAAUAGAAGAAAUGCCUUAUCAGUCUGGUGAAUUCGUGGCAAUAAAAAGUGAACUUAAUGAAAUGUGGCCAGCUAUUUGGCGAGUAGAUGGUAAGACGUUGUUACAAAAGUAUGAGCCUUUUGAAGAAAACGGUAAAGUUUUGUACAGAAAUAUUUCUACGUAUGCAGCAUGGAAUCCUGAAAAUAAAAAGUUGUACACUCAAGUUCCAGUGAAAGUGCGUACACAAUCUCAUUUGGAAACAAUAGUAGAAUUAGUUAGGAGUGAACUGCCAUUUGACGAUUGUAGUUUUAUAGAAAAAAGAAUGUUAGAAACUCAAAUGUACCAGGAAAAUUUCGAAGUCUACAUACAGACUUUGAUUUCCCAUGCACUGGACCCCAAUUUUCUUACUGAAAUAUUUCAAGAACAAGACGAGUACUUCCUAUCGAACGUCAAAACGGUCGACGAAGUAACGGAGACGAUGCGAGCGCGCGUAUCUUGCAGCGCGGGCGGCGCCACCGCGGCGGGAGGCGGCGCGCGCUCGCUAGACGCCGCUGUAGGCACGUGGCCUGGGCUCAGCGUAGCCGCUGGGGCUGGCGUGUGUCGCGCCUGCUCGCGAGCCGCUGUGGCGAGGCUGUUGCUUUAUGGACAGCCUUAUAACCCUGCUACGUUAGAGCCUGUGCAACCAGACGCGAGAUUGGCGUACGAAAAGGAAUUCUUAGUGUGUGCAUCGUGUUGUGGAAGGGUACAGUUAUACUCAAGAAUAUCACAUCAGAAGUACCUAAUGUAUGCGGAGUGCAGUAAAAGAGUCGCUGAGAAGAGAAUGCAGAACCCCAGUAAAGACACCACAGUAAUCCUUAACGAAUUAUUGGCAGAUGAAGUCUGGCUAUCACAAUUAUUCCGCGACGUAAGACACGCGUGGGCGGAGGCGGAGGCGUGGGAGCGGAAGCUGAGGCAAGUGCUGGGCAGGCACAUGUAACCCCACCACCCCCUCCAUCCCUUCCCCCCUCCCACACGAUACCUGUGAAAUAAGUGCUGUAUGUAUAUCUAAUUGUUUUUGUAUUUUAUUAUACGACGUAUUAGCAUUUAAAAAACAUAUUUUUUACAAAACGGGACAGGAUAAUUGUUAAUUUUGUGCGAGCUUUAGACGUGCGGACUAAAACGGGAUUGCGAUUGAGAAACUCGUUGUGUCACAAUUAAAUUUUGUUAUUUUUAAAUGGCAACGUGGUGAUGGAUAUUAAUACUCCCUAAGGCGAAUCAGCUGCUCUGACAGUUGUUAUUUUUGUACCAAACUGAGUAAUAAAAUAAAAACGGUGGUUAUAAAAGUUGACAGUGUCUAGUAUCGAAAAUGGGUACCAUAUUAAUUUUAGGGCACAAUACAUAAGGCAGUAUAUUAUGUAGAUUGUAGAUGGGUGCUGUCAAUGAGGGUUUUCGCGAAUGAAUAAUCCGCCAGAUGGCAAUAUGUAGACGCGAGGUCCAAAUGCUGCAUGAUUGGUUAUUUUUGACAUGACAUUGACAGAUAUGUCAAAAUCCACCAAUCACGCAGCAGUCAGACCCCACAUCCACGUCCCGCCAUCUAGCGGAUCUUUCAUUCGCGAAAACCCUCAUUGACUCGUGGCAUCAUGAAGUUCCCAUAGUUAUUAAUCUGUUCGUGACACCCAAAGUAGCCAAUAAGUUCGUAACACGUCUUUGCUACUGGAAUAAGGUUGUUGUCAACUUUUUCGCCGCUUUGGGUGUAACGAACUAUUUGACGCUGACUACCUACGGGGCGGUUUAUGUCUAUUACACGCCCUUACGUAAAUGACCCAGAUCUCUUUACCCGCUCUUAUGGUUGGGUUUUACAGCUUUGCAUAAUGGCUGCUAAUCAUAAUGGCCGCUACAUACUAUUUUUUUACUUUUUAUUGUAACAUCUUUAUGAUCUGGGUUUGGUCUACUGUAUCCAUAUGAGCUAUCAGACCAGGGGACUAGUAACUGACGACUCCAGUAGGCCUAAGAUGCGCGCCGUGAUAGGCCGUUAUCACGCUAUUUUAUCGAUUUUUCCCAUACAAAUUGACGUCGAUAAAAAUUAUCACGGCGCGCAUCUUAGGCCUACAGUGAUAAGCUGUCUAGAGUUAAAAGUCAUGUGACAGUUUUAUGUCAAUUAUAGUUUGCUUCAAAUAAGCCGAUGCCACUUAAAUUUUAUUAGUGCUAUAAUUUUCUAAGAAACCGUCUUGAAAUUUAUUUUACAUUUUAUUUGUGUAUAUUACAGUCCUAUCGAUCUCUUACUCAUACACAUAGUAUCCGAGAGAAAGAGAUAAGUCAAACAUUUUUAUCAGCUUGUUUGAAGCCAAUUGUACAGAAUUCGUUGGUAGAACUACUUACACUGUCUGGCGCUUGCUUAUGCUUCGACGGGCGACAGCUUCUUAUGAAUUACUUAAUGUUAUUUGUAUGAUCCAUCACUUCCUUAAUGUGGCCUAAUAAAAGAAAUUAUCAUCAAGCAAUAAAUUGACCAAGUAUAAGAAAGGAACGUAAUACAGAGCAGUUUAUUGUUGUCAAAUGACUAGACGUUAAAUAAAACGACAAUUUCGAGACUUUUUGUAUGAUUGUACAAUAUAGAAGUUGGUAUAGAGAAACUUAUUUAUCAAUACAUUAUUAUAUUGUUGAAAGUACAAUAUUGAGAUCUACUAGUAUUUUAACUUGAUCCAUAAGAAUAACUAAUAAUGCUUCGUAUGGUAUAAAUAAAUACAUCAAUAACAGUUAUUCAAUAACUCUAUUUAGCUAUGAUCAGUGUCAUGAGUCACUCAUUCGCCAUCGUGUUCAAGUGGAUUUACCAUCGUUACAAGGCUUAAGGCGUAAAUAAACCGCUUUUGUCCACGGUAAAAAAAGAAGAUUAAAGAGUUUGCUUUGAGUAAAUUUCAACAAAGUGCCGGUCAGGAGAUUAUUAGUUAUUCUUAUGUUUAUUUUCACUGUAUUGUAAAAUGUCAACACAAAUCGUUGUUCAUAGUUCAAGAAUGAUUAAUGUAAAUUCUUUGAAUGAAAUGUUUUUAUUAUGUGUUUUUCUACUUUUGAAUAGGGAAAUGUUGAAAGUUUUAUACGUAAUAUCCGCUGUGCCACGGACACCGUCUAUCAGUUAGAGUAUGCGCAAAGUUGUGAAUACUUUUAACUUUACAUCAGACUAUGUAAAUACUCAGAUGUUUUAAAAUUAUAUUAUAUUUCAUCAUUUCUAUCCUUCUAGCGCUAUAAAACCCGACAUGCAAUCAUAAAAUUGGUCAUUAGUUUCAAGAGUCAAAUAUUUUGCAGCAUAAUACGGCACAAUUUCUUUGAGUAUUACUUCUGUGGUUUGACUGUCUCUGUCCACUGCAGACUAUUGUUGUAAGACUAUUGUGUCGUACUGUAUUUACUGAUAUUUUUUUAUGUUAUUGGAAUAUUUAUAUUAUUUCAAUUACUGUAAAUAAUGUCCGUGGUGCUCUUUAGUAGCGAUCGCUACUAAGUCCACGGUCAGCCAGACGGGCCUUCACUAUUCAGACGACUGGUUAGGUUGGUUUUAGUCAUACCGCAGCACAAUACAAUGUAGAUUGAGGAUCUCUAUUGUUGUAAAUAACUUUUAAGUUUGUUUAUUAUAGUUAACUUUACUGUUUAUUAUCAAAAUAUUAGUUUUUCAAUUCUUUCUAUUUUGAAUUUGCUGUAAUAAUACUUAAUAUUGUAUAACAUACAUACAGGAUGGUUCUAAAAUAUGUGAACAUUCAUUUAAAAUAGUCUUCCUGUAGGGUAAUUGAAUAUAACAUACAGAAGUUUUAAAUAAAAAUGAAUGAUAAUUCGUUAAAAUUAUUUCAAUGCUAUUUUUAGCAUAUUUUGCUUUGUAUUUUCAUGUUACGACGCGAUCAAGUUUACCUCCAAAUUAUUUACUAUUUAAUUUAGCAACUAUCUGUAAGUUAUGUGGCCUAUUCGAAGUGAAAACUGUAUUAUCACCACUCGUUUGCUUUAUAACCUGUCACACUUCGAAACGCAGUGCUUAGUUGAUACUUGUUAAUAACAUUGUUUUGAAUAAUUUAUAUAACUUCUAGCAAUGUUCUACCAUUAUGUUUUAUUCCAGUGUUUUAUAUGAUCAACUAUCGCUUAUUUUAAACUUAGCCAUUGGUUAAUUGUGAUAAUUUUAUGUAUGUAUUUGUAAAACUUAAACAAACUAAUGAUAUAAAAUCUUUUUGUAUCUGUUGUAGUCGUUAUGGAAGUUCGAAGGAUCUGAUUUUCUUUCAAAUUUUAUAUUAAUGUGGGCAAAAAAUUACCUGACCACCCUAAAACGCACUAUCCUGAUUUUAGGCCUAUUUUCUCGGAUUUAAAAAGUUGACGCGUGCAUAUUGAUUGCAUUAACCAGAUGAGACUCUAAUUGGCACUUCGUGUAUCACAUUCCGCAUUAACGGGAGGUAUGAAGCGGCAUAAAUUUACCCUCUUGAAACAAAUAAUUUUAGUCUUAUAUUUUAAAACCCGAUUAGUCUGCCCUAACUUAUAAAUGAACAAAAUGUGACGAUAUUAUAUUUCUACCUUAAAUAAGUACAGUAUGAGAAGAUAUUUUGUAUAAUUGCAUUAGGUUGUAUAGGUUAUGAUGAAUUAUGAUUAUGACAACUGCAAUGAUGUGGUUCAUAAUCCUAGUAGAUUUAAGUAGCAUUGUAAAAAAUAACAGGUUCUUUCUGGUAAUUAAAGUUAAAGAGAACUUUAUUUAUUUUGUUCAGAUUGGACAGGUUUAUGUUGAUAAAUUCGACAUCAUUUCUUAUUAUAAGACAUCCUAAUAAAUCGCAAUUUUAUCGAAUAAAAUCUUUCAAUAGCAUAA